UCAGUAGAAAUGAUGAAAACUAUGGUAGUGAAGGCAACAAUGGUUAUAGUCAAGAAAAUAAGAAACGUGGUGAAGAUGAAGGUGAAGAAAGUGGUGAAGGAAAUGGUGAAGAUAGUGUAAAUAAGAAACGUGUAAAUAAGAAACGUGUAUAUAAAAAACGUGGUGAAGAUGAAGGUGACGAAAGUGAAGGAGGAAAUGAAAGCAGUGUAAAUAAGAAACGUGGUGAAGGCCAAGGCAAAAGCCAAAGUAAAGGAUUCAGUGGUGAAAUUAAUAAACGGGGUGAUGAAAGUGAAAGUGAAGGAUUUGGAUCUGGUUUUAGAUCUGGAUCAAACGGUAAGAAUAAGAAACGUAGUGUAAAUAAGAAACGUAUAUAUAACAAACAUGUAUAUAAGAAACGUGUAUAUAAGAAACGUGUACAUAAGAAACGUGGUGCUGAAAAUGAGGGUGAAAGCCGAAGUUCAAGAACCGGCUCCAAUGGUGUGAUUAAGAAACGUGAUAUUAAAGUUGAAGACCAAGGAGAAGGUGAAAGCCAAGGUUCAGAUACCGGAUCAAAUGGUGUUGCUGAUUGGAAUGGUGAAGGUGAAAGCCAAAAUUCAGAAACCGGAUCCAAUGGAACUGGAUCCAAUGGUUAUAUAAUUAAAGAGUGUAUUGAAUUUAGUACCAUAUUUCAAUAUCAACAUCAGCCACAAAGUUCCCUAUAA